UGUCAGCGGGUACCUGCUAAAUGAAGCAGACUGUAAAGAUAGAGACAGUAUUGUUUUUAUUCACAUCAGCCGUUACUCAACCGAGUGACACACAGGCAGACAUGCAGGAUGGGAAACCACCUUGGCAGAAAGAGCAGGAGGCUCUCAGGAGGCCUUUCAUUUGAGGGGAAAGUUCAUCCUGAGAAGAUUAAAAAAAGACAUCAUGGCUUCUUCAUGGCCCAGAAGACCAAAUGCAAAUCUGAUUUAAGUGACGUAAUGACUGGCUCCAACUUUUUUUUGGCAUGUUCUUCAAAACCAAACAAUGCCUGCUCGGCUUAAAGAGGUUAAACUCUCCAAGAUUUUACAGGAAACCAGGCAAUAAAAUAAGACAAAGCUGAAAAACUCUUUUGUGCAGCAAUAGUCAUUCUGAGCCAUCUCGAGACCGCUCUGAUUUAUUGCGCCAAGGAUCGGAAACCACUGGCCCUGUGCAUUUUGCAUGAUUUCCUUAAAAGCUGGGGACAAAAUGCUUUUUCUCUUUCCUGGGUUCUUGUAGCAACAUGUAACAUAUCCCUCUGUUUGAACCAUUCAGAUGUCGCUGUGCAUGACCUCACAUCUCUGCCUGCUGGCCCUACCAGUGAUCUCACUCCUGCUGCUCUCCUCUUCUAUUGGUUGGAGCUCCGAUGUCCUCACCCCAGGCUGUCACCUUUACCCCUUCAACGUGACCAUCCGCAGCGACCGUCGCGGCACAUGUAAAGGCACCCAUCUGGUCUACGCCUGUGUGGGAUACUGCGAGUCCAGCGCCUUUCCAUCCAGAUACUCGGUACUGGUGGCCUCCAACUUCACCCACAACAUCACUUCCACUUCACGAUGCUGCACCAUUAGCAAGGACGCCAAGGUCAAAGUUCGCCUGGACUGCCCGCAGGGUCGUCACCAUGACGAAAUAGAGAUCCUGACAGCGAAGGCGUGCCGCUGUGACAUGUGCCGCAAAUCACGCUACUGAUACACAAUAAUAUUAUGCUGCAUACUAAUGUUAACCACAAUGAGAAACCAGGUUACAGUGUAGGCAGUAAAUUACUGAGCUACAAGUUUUCUUUUUCUGUCCAUUUUGGCUUGUUUGAACAAAAUUAACUUUAAGUGACAUUGUGCCAUGGUACUUUCAUAGCAGGGUCUCCUUCACUAAAGUUGGACCUAUUAUGCUUUCCCUUAGUUUUGUGAAAUAUAUAGACUUUUUUUUGUGGUGGACGCUGAUAUUAAUUAAACUCAUCCUUAAUAUGGUCAUCAGAAGCACAGAGUUUCGGCUGUAAACACAUAUAUAGUAUACAUAUAUAGCACACAAUUCAAAUCUUUUGUUUAAGACAGACAGCCAAUCAGAACAAAGUGAGCCUGAGGUGAGGGGGCGGAGCUAAAACGACUUAUUUCUGACAGUGGAAGAGCUGAGGGGCUGCAUCAAGGCUCAGUAUUAGACAAUUAAAGAUUAAUCUGAUAUGUGAUUCAUGCAAAACUACUCUAGUAAAGUCCAAGAUUGGACAUGAGCAUAACAGGAAAUGAGAUAACAAAAGAUCCAAAAUAGAAAAGCUCCCGGCAGUACUAAACGUACUAAAGACCACGACACCCUGAAAGUGUAGACAGUAAAUUCUCUGGCUACACAUCUACUUUAUUACUGCAUGAAAAAUUCACGCUUUUUAAUGUACUGUUAGGUUUUUUUUUGUGUAAAAUGUGAUGUAAGAGAAACUUGAUUGACAUGCUUUGAGUUUAGGCUGUAGAAACCAUUCUGUCACACACACACUGCACACAAACUAAACAUUUUCAUAGUGUUGCUUCAGG